AUGAUUAUGUGGCUAUUUAAUGAAUUAAAUAAUAAAGAAAUUAAUCAAGCCUUUAUUAUAACAGAUAAAGAUUUUAUACAAAUUCAAACAGUAAAAAGAAUAUGGCAAAAAGCCAAUAUUCAGCUUUGCUAUUUUGCAUUUAAAAUAUGCAAUAAAAAAGCAAUUAGCAUUAACAAAAAAACCAAAAAUAUCUUAUAUUCUGCAAUAAAUGCAAAAGCUGAGUUUUUAUUUAUAGAUCUAGAUUUUUAUUCUAAUAUUGUAUUGUUACAACCUGAAGUUGAAAAUAAUGAACUAGAAUCAGUUAAGGAAAUUGAUGAAGUAAAUAAGCAACUUGAUAAAUCUAAAAAAGUAGAUAAGAAAUUUAAUGAAUUUGAUAAAAAUAUGAUUAAUAUUAAUAAUAAAGUAGUUAAAAAAACAAAUAAUUUUGCUAAAGAUGAAUUAUAA